AUGUUGGCGGCCGCUCGGGGGAUUGGCUGUGCGGGCCGCGAAGGGGGAGGGGAGGGCCGGACCAGAGUGACGGGGGGAGGGGAAGCUGCGGCCGGGGGUCCUGGCACCCCUCGGAGAAACCCAGGAGAUGGGGCCGAGAGAAGGGGUCUGAAGGCUGCGAGGUGCAUAAAAAGGGGGGAAAAUCGGAAUCCAAAAAUUCCAACGAACCCAGAAACUUUGGGGGCUUGGGAAAAGGCUCCCCAGAUGAGGCGAGUGCAGAGGCUGGAGCGGCCGCGGCACCCCGAGGCGGGCGAGGCGGGCGCGUUGGCCCGAGUGCGAGUGCGGAGUCGGCGGGCCGCAGCCGGGAAGGGACGCAGCCGGCGACAGAGCCCCGGGCGGGCGCUGGGGCGGCGGCGGCGGAGGCGGGAGGCGCGCCGUGGGCUCGCGGCCAGCACCCCCCCUGGGCGCGCUCACAAAGCGGGAGGCGUGGUGAGAGGCCGGCCGGCUGCCGAGCGUGUGAGCUCCCGCCGGCCUCCCGCCCAGCCGCCCCGCCCGCCGCCCGCCGCCGGGGACCCACUUGUAGGCGCCUCAGGAUCAAACUCAGUUCACCUCGCGCCUUCUUUUCCUUUUCGCCCGCGUCUCGCCGAGUCCAGCACCUACAGACGGCUUCCGGCAGUCCCCACGUGGAAGGUCCUUGUCGGACUGCCCCCCUUGAUUGGGGGUUGCCAGAAGUCUCUACCGGCACCCCAUCCCGCGGGAUUCCACGGGACCCUGAAAACUGCAAGUACCACAUAG